AUGGUCCGGCGCAACCGCGACACCGCCGAUCUCCUCGAUGCGCCAGGAUCGGAGCUACCCUACGAAGGACUCUACACGGUACACUACACCGAGCUUAGAGCCCUUCUUCCAUCAAGUUCGAAAGGCCCGACCGCCGUUCAUCACGGACCCAUCAUAUCCGUCACCCGCUCAAGAUCAGCAUUUUUCCAGCGCGCCGCUGUCUUACCCAUGGUGGACAUGCACUGCUUCGGUAUCCGCACUUCGAGCGACUCCCGAGACCGCGGGGAUCGGCAGGAAGGAUCAAAUCGGACGCCAGGCGCGUCGCAAGAUUCCGAUGCCGCCCAGCCUCUCCUAGUACGGAGCAGUAUGCAUUUCUUCGUUUGCCAGUAUCCCAAGCUAUAUCUGAUACUGUUCCGUUUCCGUUGCGGCGGCAUGUUCGUCGAGUCGGACCGAACCGUCCUCCGCGAGGCACCGAGAUGGUGUAUAAGGGCUGCAUAUCGCUGCCGGGAGCAGGCAAAAAACUUGUCUGGCCCCGAUGUUGGCAAGGUACCUAACUAG